AUGGCUUCCGCUACGGGCAUUCCCCAAGAACAUCCCGACACUAUUCAAGAGCAGGAAGAUGCGCCCCUGCUGCAUACCCCGGGAAAUGUUCCCCAGGAGAAAAGCGCUGCUAUCUAUCAAAACCUCUUUACGGGAACAGCCAGUGCAGCUCAAGUUGGCAUCUGGAUGCUGGCCAUCCUCGUCUGGACGGGAAUCUUAUCUCAUCCCUUGAUAUUCUUUUCCGCUCAUCCCCUCCUCAACUCCGCUGCCCUCCUGCUUCAAGUCCAAGCCACUCUCAUCCUUCAACCCACCACCACCCCUCACCAAAAACGCCUCGGAACCAUCAUCCAUUACAUCAUCCAAACCCUCAGUCUCCUCGGCUUCAUUACCGCUUUCAUCAUCAUCGAGAUCAACAAGGGCGAUCAUGCUCACUUUACCUCCCCGCACGGUAUUCUCGGUCUCAUCACCUACAUCUUCAUCAUCCUGCAGGUCCUGGUAGGUGUCGUGCAAUAUUUCGUCCCCGUCCAGGUCCUGGGCAGUGUGGAGAAGGGCAAGAGCAUCUACAAGUACCAUCGCAAGUCAGGGUAUGUGCUGCUGCUCUUGGAACUGGCGACUGUCUCGGCGGCGACUCAGACUACUUACAAUCUGAACGUGCUGAGUAUCCCGCUGUGGGGAGUACUGGUGGCCUCGGUGUUGGUUGUCUUGGGAUUGGGAGCGAGGAUCAAAAAGCAUAAGUUGGGGUUGUAA